UCCCUUCGGUGCCUCUCAUUUUAAUCACUUAUAAUCUACCACAGACAGAUAAGCUCAAUCUUCAAACAUGGCCACCGUCACUACCUCUGCAGCUGUUACCAUUCCAUCAUUUACUGGCUUAAAGGCAGCUACAACAAACGCCACCGCUAAAGUUAGUACCGGAGCUAAGGUGUCAGGACCCCAGUUUCCAAGGCUCAGCGUGAAGGCAUCGUUCAAGGACGUUGGAGUAGCUGUUGUGGCCACCGCUGCCAGCGCAGUGCUAGCAAACAAUGCCAUGGCCAUUGAGGUCUUGCUCGGUGGUGAUGAUGGGUCUCUGGCUUUUAUCCCAAAGGAUUUCUCAGUUGCUGCUGGAGAGAAGAUCGUGUUCAAGAACAAUGCUGGUUUCCCACACAACAUUGUGUUCGACGAGGAUGAGAUUCCCAGCGGAGUGGACGCAUCGAAAAUCUCAAUGUCUGAAGAAGACUUACUCAAUGGACCUGGUGAGGUUUACAGCGUUACUUUGAGUGAGAAAGGAACCUACUCUUUCUAUUGUGCCCCUCACCAAGGAGCUGGUAUGGUUGGAAAAGUCACUGUUAACUAGGUGCCUUCUUUAAGAGCCUUUCGUUUUUUAUCUUGUGAUUCUGUUAAUUUUGUCCGUGUAGAAGAGCUUAAUGAAUGAAUAUUACUGUGAGAUUCUAUUGUAUGAGAUGAAACAUUAUUGAGAUAUUAUGUAAUACUCUGUUUACUUCUCA